UGGGCGACAGGGGCAGAAGUAGAAGCGGUUCGUGGAAGUGUUACGUUUUAGGCUCUGCUUGUGGACUGGAGAAAAUCGGGUCAGUGUGUGCAUUUGUUCCUUGAAGUUUUGUGGUUUUGUCCCAUAGGAGGUUUGUCCCUGUGGACGUGUCGUCCACAGGGUGGAAUGGUGUAGUGUGGACUUAACGGAAUUAUUGAGGGUCUGGUGGGAAGCACUGAUGUGGAGGUAUUUGAGAGGAACCAGGAGCGUUUGUGACGCGCGUACCUGUCGUUGGGGUACUUUGGGAGCUGUUCGUUAGAACGAUUAAGAAUCUGUAGAGGGAAUUCCCUGGCGGAUUCGGCGCUUUCACUGUAGUGGUCCGGGUUCACUCCCUGGUCAGGGAACUAAGAUCCCGCAAGCCACGCGGCGCCCCCCCACAAAAAAAAAUCUGUAGAGAUCAACGAUCGUGACCGGACCGGCCUGAUAUGGGGGUCUUUGCGGCUCACUCUAUUUCUAAAGGAUGCAGGUGGUAUUUACGAUGGUAAGAGAUUCAGAUUACGGGAGUUAAUAUGGCGCUCAGAGAUGUUGGGGCCUGGCUGGAUGGUCAUCAUAUGAGGGUAUCUGGCCCAGGUUUCGGAUUAAUAAGGAAGUGUGUAGUCAGUGUCUGUGGUACAGAGAGUCUUGUGAGGGCUGAGGCUUUGGUCCCCUAGGAGGCCUGGUUGGUGGCUGCGUUGAGAUUCCAACCUAGUAGGCUGGGAAGGAAGGUGGUGCAGCCCGGGACGGUAGUGUAGUUCUAAACCUUCUGCUUUUUAGGCUUUUAUCUGCAGACCGAGGGACUAACCCAGCCUCCUCUAUGUGUUGUGUAUCGUGUAUCGCUGUUUUCGCACUGCAAAGGCAGAAUUGAGUCCUCGUGACAGAUCUGAACCCUCAAAGCAGAAAUGGAUAGUAUCUAUCCCUUUGUUACCGACCAGGGCUCUUGGCCUCCUUGGUCCAUAGAAAUUGAUCAAAGGCCAGAUAAGAAAUUCAGGCCAGGCUUUAUUGUGGUCCCUACUGCAGCAGGGGGGAGCGAGAACAAGUAAGAGGUUCCCUUGCUUGUUCGCUGUCUGAGGUGGGGUUGGAGGGGGCAUCUGUUUCCUUAUAUGCGGUGAGGGUAAGUGUAUGUCCGAGGGUUGGGCCGGAGCGACGGCUUAGAUGGUUUGCCCGUGCUUUAGGUGGUGUUGUGUGCAAGGGGCAUGGCAGUACCUGCUUUUGCUCCGGAUCCCCUGCUUUUGCUCUUGGUUCUUCAGAAGUGGCGGUUGGGUUUUUUGAUUUCUUUGUAUCUUGUUGUCCAGAAUUUGACUCCUCUGUGCAUAUACAAAGUUAUUUUUAGUCCCUUAUGGUUUCUUUGUAUUUUGUUGCUGGAGGAGAGGUGUGUCCAGCUGCAAGCACUGCAGCAAAGUGUCCCAGGUCCCAGCCUGUCUCACCUUUGCAGAAAAUGUUUGUCAAGGCUUGCUCUCACCAGCGGCAGUGGACACUUGCUUUUUUGUCUGACAUGCGUUCCCACUUUCUUCUUUGCUAACAGAACCGCCGUUUUGUUUAGUUAUCCAUCCUUCUGACAGGGUGACCCAUAUCCCAAUACUGGUUGGUCUUAGUUAAUCCUGGUGGUUCCAGUUCCCGUUGCUAGUGAUUGAAUUAGUACGAAAUGAGCUUAGGUACGUGGUGCAGUUCUAGCCAGCAAUAUAUAUGAAAAUCUGCUUGGGGGUUUCUGAGUGAAAAAUUUUAAGUCCUGACUCCCCAGGAGCAAAAGAAUCAGUAGAAGGAGGAAGAAGUUACAGGAUUUGGUAUCAGCAUUACUGGGGACAUGCUUGAUUGAAGACAGGUAUCAGAACAGAAAUUUAGAGCAGAUCCAGAAGUCACAGCGACAGAGCCUUCUUACUGCCAACUGUUUUUAGAGAACGGAAAAAAAUGAUCCAGGCCCAGGAAACCCUGACGUUUGACGAUGUGACUGUGGACUUCACGUGGGAGGAGUGGCAGCUCCUGACCCCUCCUCAGAAGGACCUGUACCAAGAGGUGAUGCUGGAGAACUAUAGCAACCUGCUGUCUGUGGGUUAUCAAGCCAGAAAGCCAGACGUACUCUCUAAUUUGGAUCACGGAGAACCAUGGAUGAUGGAAGAUGAAAUCCACUGUCGAACCCAUUCAGGGUAUCAAGCCAGCAAACCAGAUGUUGUCUCCAGGUUGGAACGAGGAAGAUGGCCAGUAGAAGAUGACUGCCACAGUCGAAUCUGUCCAGAAAUCAGGAAAGUUGAUGACCUUCUGCAGCAUCACUUGACAAAUCACAGAAUUCAAAAUACUGUGGAACAAUGCUGCGAACAUAAUACAUUUGCAAAUAUUGUUAAUCAGAGCAAAAGUCAUUUCCUGUUAAAGCAAAAUUGUGAUAUGUUUGACUUAACUGAAAAACCUUUAAAAUCAAAUAUAAGUUUUGAAAACCAGAAGAGAAGCUGUAACUUAAAGAACUCUGCUGAGUUUAAUGGAGAUGGGAAAUCCCUUCUCCAUGCUAACCAUGAGCAAUCUUUUACUGAAAUUAAAUUUCCUGUAAGUGCAAAACCCAUCAGCAAUAACUCCCUGUCUACUAAGCAACAGAGAACUCACAACAUAGAGAAAGCCCAUGUAUGCAGUGAGUGUGGGAAAGCCUUCUUCAAGAUGUCUCAGCUCUUUGAUCAUCAGAGAGUUCAUACUAGAGAAAAACCUCAUGGAUGCAGUCUGUGUGGGAAAGCCUUCUCCAGAAAAUCCAGGCUCACUGAACAUCAAAGAACUCAUACCGGACUGAAACAUUAUGAGUGCACUGAAUGCAAUAAAACCUUCUUCAAGAAAUCGCAGUUCAAUAAACAUCAGAAAAGUCAUAUGGGAGAGAAACCUUACACAUGUAGUGAAUGUGGGAAAGCAUUCACCACAAAGUGUCUGCUCAUUUAUCAUCAGCGAACUCAUACAGGGGAGAAGCCCCAUGGAUGCAGUCUGUGUGGAAAAGCCUUCUCUACAAAGUUCAGUCUCACUACACAUCAGAAAACUCAUACAGGAGAGAAACCUUACAUAUGCAGUGAAUGUGGAAAAGGCUUCAUCGAGAAGAGGCGUCUUAUUGCACACUGUCGAACUCAUACUGGUGAGAAACCCUUUGUAUGCAGUGAAUGUGGGAAAAGUUUCACCUUGAAGAAGAGUCUUAUUCCACAUCAGCGAACUCAUACUGGAGAGAAACCCUAUACAUGCAAUGAUUGUGGAAAAGGCUUCACCUUGAAGAACCCUCUCAUCAGACAUCAGCGAACUCAUACAGGAGAGAAACCCUAUGUAUGUAGUGUAUGUGGAAAAGGCUUCACCAUGAAGGGUGAUCUCGUUGUACAUCAGCGAACUCAUAUUGCAGAGAAGCCAUUUAUAUGCAGUGACUGUGGGAAAGGCUUCACUGUGAAGAGCCAACUGAUUGUACAUGAGCGAACUCAUACCGGAGAGAAACCCUACGUGUGCAGUGAAUGCGGAAAAGGCUUUCCAGCCAAGGCCCGGCUGAUUGGACAUCAGCGAACACACACAGGAGAGAAACCCUAUGUAUGCAGUGAUUGUGGAAAAGGCUUCAUUCAGAAGGGCAAUCUCAUUGUACAUCAGCGAACUCACACAGGAGAGAAACCCUAUGUAUGCAAUGAAUGUGGCAAAGGCUUAUCCGCGAAAAGGAAGCUCGUUGCACAUCUGCGAACUCAUACUGGAGAGAAACCAUAUAUAUGCAGUGAAUGUGGCAAGGGAUUCACCGUGAAGAGUACUCUUGGUACACAUCAGCAAACUCACACUGGAGAGAAACCGUACAAAUGCAACGAGUGUGGUAAAGCCUUUAGGAAGAAGACAUGCCUUAUACGACAUGAGAGAUUUCACUCAGGAAAGAUCUUUGCAUGUACUGAAUGUGGAAAAUUCUCUUUGUGCAAAAAUGAUCUCAUUACCCAUCAGAGAAUUCACACAGGAGAGAAGCCAUAUGAAUGCAGUGAAUGUGGGAAAACCUUCACCACAAAGUCAGGGCUCAGUGUUCACCAAAGAAAACAUACAGGAGAGAGGCCCUAUGGAUGCAGUGAGUGUGAGAAAGCUUUUGCCCACUUGUCAAUCCUUGUUAAACAUAAGAGAAUUCACAGGUAGUCACUUUGGGGAAGCCUGUUGCCGGUUGUAGACCCUCAAGAUAAUAGUAUGCAGAGAAGAAUCACAAUGCAAAGAAUGUGGUAUUAUCUUUAGUGAUCAAGUACCUCAUAUUUUAUAUUGAUGAAAAAAUUUACAAAACUACUCGGAUACAAUCAGCCUUGGUGAAAAUAUUUUAGGACAUUCUAUGUCUAAAAAGUAUAUACUGAGAUAAAGCCUAUGAGUGUGAAAGACUAGGAAAGCCUUCAGUGGAAAUAAACCCUAUCAUAUGUGAUCAUCAUAGAACAUGAAUGAAUGAAUGUUUCUAAUUGGUAGAAGUAUAAUUGUGGAAAAGCCUUUGCCCAGAAGUAAUACCUCAACAGAUGUCAGUUAUCACUAGAGAAAUACUUUCCUGUGGCAAUGAAUAUAGCAGGGUUUGCAGCAGUAAAUAUUGCUUUAUCAUUUGCCAGGAAAUCCGUGCAGAAACCCAUUCUAUAUGGUGGACGUUAACAAAAUAUCAGACAACGUAAUGAAGGAAAGAAGCCUUGGGGAAAUGAUGAAUGAGAGCAUUCUGUUACAAGUCUUAAGGGAUACUACACCUCACAAGCAACUGAAGGAUACCUUCAGCCAUAUUUCUAGUUUCCUUGUCAUUGAUCUUAUAAAUUUUACAUAGUGGCAGUUACUCUCAACAUGGAUUGAAUUUUCAUUAUUUAACUUUUGCAUUUCUUUGGUUCCAAGUUUGUGUUAUUUCAGAAUAUUUGAAGUACUUCAAAAUGAAAAAUGUACUCGUUUCUUAAGUAUAACAACAUAUCUGGAUGUGUUUAACCAAGUUUGUAAGUACCAUCAGGGGGUUUAUAAAAUUAAUAUAAAUGUGAUGUUUUUAUAACUUUUAAUUUUGAAGUAAGUUUAGAAUCACAAAAAAAAAAUAUUCCAGAGAUUUCCUAAAUGCCCUUCAGCCCACUACUCCCAAAGGUAAAAUCUUAUAAUAACCACACAGUUUACUGUGUGGUUAUAUAAGGUCAAAUAGAGGAAAGUGAAAUUGUUACAGUGCUGUUAACUACAGGGUUUAUUUCGACUGCACCAGUUUUAACAUGUAGUAGUUUUUGUUUGGUUUUUAUAUAUCUCCUUAAGAAACUUCAUCACAUAUGUAGGUUCCUGUAACCAACACCCCAGUAAAAAUUUAGAAUGCUUUGUCAACACAAACUCCCUCAUGCUACAUCCUCAUAAGUCACAUCCUUUCCCUGACACUAACCCUUGGCAUCACAGAUCUUUUUGUAUCCAUAAUUUUGUCAUUUAUAGAAUAUUAGAAAAAUAGGGCCUCCCUGGUGGCACAGUGGUUGAGAGUCCGCCUGCUGAUGCAGGGGACAGGGGUUUGUGCCCCAUUCCAGGAAGAUCCCACAUGCCGCGGAGCAGCUGGGCCCGUGAGCCAUGGCCGCUGAGCCUGCGCGUCCGGAGCCUGUGCUCCGCAACGGGAGAGGCCACAGCAGUGAGAGGCCCGCGUACUGCAAAAAAAAAAAAAAAAAAAAUCAUUUA